AUGUCCACCACGAAGAACAAUCGCGAUGAUCCUGCACAGAUUGCACAGACUCUCUCAGGCAUCUCAGGCGUACGCUUAGACGGUGAUACAGUUUCAGAUGCGCAGGACGCAAAUGGGUUGUCACUUGACCAAGAAGAUGUGGCUCUGCAUCCGAACGCCGCAGCUCAGAAUGCAUCAACGCAGGAUCAAGAUACCACAACGCAGGAUGCCGCAGCUGAGGAAUCCGAGAACGACGCGGAUCCAGACGAUAUACAAUCUACCAUGAAAGAUCCGUUCGUUACAAUGGAUGUGCUGAGCGCUGUUCAAUUCUUCGCUCGGUCCUGGGUGCAUGUUGAUGCGGGUCACGAAGAGCAACACGAGGAUCUGCCAUCGCGAGACGAGUUCAUGGACCCCAAUAAUCCGAAUCCGGGUCUGCUUAUUCUCUCGGAUCCGCGUGCUAAUGCUCGUCCGUGUGAGGAAUCUCUUUGCCCCAUUUGCCGCGAGGAUAUGGAACACUUGGACGGACUCGUGGUCAUCGUAUUGUGCGGGCAUAUUUUCCACCGCGACUGCCUCAACACCUGGCUCCAGAACCCUGCUUCUACUUGCCCAAUUUGUCGUACCGUGUUGUUCACCGUCCCCAGCGCUGAACAUGAUGACGAUGGGGAAAUUGUUGUUUAUCCUGCUCCGUUCUUCCGUGCUAGGUACGGAGAAUUAGUUGCUAGGAUUCGAGAUCUACGUACGAGGACUCAGGCGCUGAAUGAGGCUCGCCGUCGUCUUGAGGAUCGGGCGGCUGGUCUUUCGGAGAAUGCGAGUCAUCUUGCUGAAGAGCGUGAGCGUCUUAUGGCAGACUACCUGGCCAUUGCUCGGCUAUCUGCAGGCGGAGCGCCUCCCAACGAUGAGCAUAGUGAAGGAGUCAUGCUUGUUCGGGUUGGUGAAUACAACGCGCGACACCGUCACCUCACUGAAGAUAUGAUUCGCCUUCGCUCCAAAUUGGAGAGCGCCAACAUGGAUACUAGUGCUCUUACUAGUGCUCUUGAGAAAUAUGCCGCCGUCAUUGAGGACCUUCCUCCGGAUGAGCAUCUUUUCGACGAGUCAGACCGUAUGUUCAUUGAUAGACUGAACCGUUUCAUUGAUGAAGCACAUCAUCAAGCUGAAGUAGCGCAAGCUGAACCUCUGUAG